AAUCGAUCGCUGAUCGUUUCACAAUGUGUUUAUUUGGUUUACAAGGACUUAUCAGAGGCCUAAUUACGGCCACGAAACCACCUGUCCGCUAUCAUAACUGUACAUAGGCCUUCGCAUAUACUUCGGUGCGUCUUACGCGUGGUCCCACCCCCGCUGUGCUAUUGGCUGUCAAAGUGAAUGCGCGCGCAGGGCCCUCCUUGCAGCCGGGUGUGAGAGUAUGGUACUCCGCAGCAGCCGGUCGUGGUCGCGAUGUGGAGAGACAGUGCUCUCGCGACGCCGCUGCCACAACGUCGCCACCCCACGAAAGCGCGCCGCAAACUCUCGCCGUACACGACACUCGUAACUUAGCCCGAGUUCACUAAACUGACUGGCUCUAACUUAUAAGUUAUGGUAUGAAAUUAUUGUAGUUUUAUAUUAGUGUUUUUGUUGAUUGGCACUUUAUUAUUGGUGAUGUGCGAUGGCUAAGCGACGGGGUUAUCAAGGCUAUGGAGAGCAUUGUGCACGAUUUUUCGCAGUAUGCGCCUGGGCAUGCGCCCUCGUAGUGACAACUACGGCUGAGCCACAUGCAGACGUUGAUACCUCCACCGGCCUCGGUGAUAACACACUUACCAAUUCAGUUGUGGAGGAACCGGAAUUCACCGAUGUCAUCCAAAAUGUGACAGUUCCGGCCGGCCGUAGUGUGCGAUUGGCAUGCUCCGUCAAGAAUCUUGGUUCUUACAAGGUUGCAUGGAUGCACUUCGAACAAUCAGCGAUUUUGACUGUACACAACCACGUGAUAACCCGCAAUCCGCGUGUUAGUGUCACCCACGAUAAACACCGCACGUGGUUCCUCCACAUAUCAGACGUAAGGGAGGAAGACAGAGGUCGAUACAUGUGCCAAAUAAACACAGUUACCGCUAAAACACAAUUUGGAUACCUCCACGUCGUUGUCCCCCCGUCCAUUGACGACUCGUUGAGCUCGAGCGACGUUAUCGUCCGAGAGGGCGCCAAUGUCACUCUGAUGUGUCGCGCUAAUGGCUCUCCUAAGCCCACCAUCAAGUGGAAACGAGAUGACAAUUCAAAAAUCUCCAUCAGUAAAGGACACUCCGUUUCCGAGUGGGAGGGUGAGGUUUUGGAUAUGGCGCGAAUUUCAAGACUAGACAUGGGUGCCUACUUAUGCAUUGCUAGUAAUGGUGUGCCGCCAACCGUUUCUAAGAGAGUAAAAGUUAGCGUGGAUUUCCCACCUAUGCUAUGGAUACCGCAUCAGUUAGUAGGUGCUCCCUUAUAUUACAACGUUACUUUAGAGUGUUUCACUGAAGCUCAUCCAACUUCGUUAAAUUACUGGACACGAGAUGACGGACACAUGAUUCACGAAAGCCCUAAGUACCAUAUGGAGAAUACUGUGGGAGUCCCGCCCUACAAAACCCAUAUGAAACUUCUCAUCAGGCAUAUUGUUACUGAAGAUUACGGGACUUAUAAAUGUGUGGCAAAAAAUCCUAGAGGAGAAUCGGAUGGUACAAUACGAUUGUACACUUCUUCCCCACCAACUACGACACCGGAUCCGAGGGCCGUCACUGUUCCACCACCAUCGCGCCCACCACGACGUGAUACGCCAGUAACUGAUAAGGGAACGAAGUAUCAAUCGAACUUGAACGAGAUCGAUAAGGGGAAGCAAAAGUCUGACGAGGGUGGCGGGAAGACACAUCUCAACUGGGUAGGCGGUGCAUCACAAGUUACAGAUAACGCUGCAAGAAGGAGAAGCCAUCCAAUGAAGUUACUCGUAGUCUUUGUAUCAAUUUAUAUCAAUGUAUUUAUUUAAUAGCACACAAUGUCAUUACCAGAUACAAUUCAUUGUAAGCACAUUUGCUUAACACUUAUAUAGCUGAUUACAUCAUCAUUAUGACUUAUAUCAACAUCACUUUUACAAAUAUUAUGCACUUUGCACCUCUGGGUAAAAAUAUAGCGUAAAUUAUUUUAAGAAAAUUUUAUAAUUUUGCACAAACUGCUUGGCUAUCAAAGUAUAUGGGGUAUAUAAAAAUAAAGCUUAUGUGGCCGUAAAGACAAAAAUUCAAGACUUUAAGUUACAUUUAGUCGCGUUGGUAGAGACGUUAAUUUAAUUAAGAUAAAUUUUUCUUCGGAAACAGGUAACGUAGUUUUAAUAAAUUAGGAAAUUUGUAAUCUCAUAGAAGAGAGGGGAUCUUAAGUUGUAAACAAAUAUAUAUAUAUAAUAGCAUAUUAUGUAAAAAUGUUGUUAUUGAUUACAUAUACUAUAUAUUUACGUAAUGUAUAAAUGUUCCUUAAAAAUGUCUCGAUUUAGCAGAAUCUUUGUGGACAACAUGAGAAACUUUAUUUGAAGGGAAAAAAAUAUUAAAGUAAAUUAACUAUUAUUCAAUUCAAUUAAUAUGAUUCUAUCAAAUCUAGUGAAUGUUUGUUUGUUCAUUAAAAUGUUCUGCUAAACCCUGAAUCUAAGGUGUCAUAAAGCACGUGUAUCGAUUUUAUUAAUAACGUGUAAGAAGCACUAUCAUUAUAGUCGUUUCUAUUAAUAGAUUAAGACUGAAUAUUAUUGAAUAUUAUUUAUUUCAAAAUCAUUUACCGCUCAUUUAGUCAUUUACGCUGUGAUAAUUUUAGUACUAUCUUCCCAAGCUUUCAAAUAUUUCAAUCAUUUCUUUUGCCUAUAACUAGUUAUGUGUCAACAUUUUUAUUGUUUUAAUUAUGUAUCCUAUUUAAAAAAAGACAUUCUUUUCAACACAUUUGUGAAAUUUUGCACUUAAAUUCAAAAUUUAUUCUGUCAAUUAUGAUACCUAUUAUGAUAAGUAAAAGUUGAAGUUGACAUGUUGCCAAAUUGCUAAGUUUUAAGAAAAAGCUGCAUAGAGAUAUUGUUGUAAAUAUAAUCCUUAAGCCAAAAGCAAUGGAGUGUGUUUUUAAAGAAUGUAAUAAUUAUUAUUCACAAUGUGCAUUGUAAGAAAUGUAACGUAUUAAGGACUCCCGUGUUUACACGUGAUGAUACAACUAAGUAGAUUAUGGAGAA